CAUGGCUCGUCUCUAAUCGCGGUUCCAGGCUGUCGGGACCAGCUAUCGAGGCAGAUUUACCCCCAUGUCGAUUGGUUUCAAAACAUUGUCGGUAUCAUUGAAUCUGCUCCGUCUCCAAUGUCUCCAAAAUCUAAGCGGAUGCCGCCUGGGCGGCAAAUGGCCUAUUUGAACUGGUUCCCACAGGGUCGGGGUUCCCAUUGCAUUGCCCUCGGUUUCCAGGUGGUACUAUGGCCAGUGCCAUAUAUACCCUUCACAUGUUCUGGGUUUGAAUCCAGCCUGUUGAUUGUGUAACUCCAUUUCUCUCCUGAGCUUCUGGCCUGUUCUUCGCCGUUCUCUCCUCCGUCUUUCACCCCUUUUUGUGCCAGGUCCGCACACUUUGGACAUAAUUGCUGCGGGGGCAAAUGUAAUCCAACAUGUUUCCCCAAAGAAAUGCAGCUGUCAUCUCACUUUCAUGUCCAGCAUCAAAUUUUACGGCCUGCGGUCAUGGUCUCCCCCUCAACUUCUGUUGUCCAGAUACCACCCACUGUCUGCCACUCGCCGCUAAUACCACUGCACUUUGCUGUCCGAAGGGGUUCUCAUGUGACGAGAUAUUCCCCAUCACCUGCGAAAUUCAGCUACAGAACGCAACAGCCGAUCCAGAGGCCCCAGUAUUCACAACCGCUUUAGGGGCGUCACUUCCUACCUGUGGCCAGGAUGGAGAUGGCGUCGACACCUGCUGUCCCUUGGGCUACGAAUGCGAGACAUCCGGGGGCACCACCAGAUGCGCGUUGAACGAGGAUCAGACCGUAUAUACGUCUCUUAUCUCAACGUCGUCAAGUGCUAAACCAACACCAAUUUCCAUCACCGUGUCCUCCUUCACAGACGCACCUACUUCCGCCACUCCUACUCCAACCACUGCGGACAUCAACCCGGUAGCAUCAGCCGCAUCAGGAGGGAGCGGGAACAGAGGCAUUAUUGCAGGCUCUGUCGUUGCCGGCACCGCAUCCGUCAUUGGGCUGCUCGUUUUCGUCUGGAUAAAAAGGGGCAAGCUCAAGAGCUUCUUCGACAAGAGGCGCUCUACCCCAUCCUUACCACGCCAAAUCUAUCAUCCCCCACCAACAGCUCCAGGCAGCGUUGGAUCGACGGCACCGAUAUGGCCAGGGAACAUCGAGGCGCAAAAAUGGGGGCCCGAGCCGAAGGAAUCGAAAGAAAUGACAUACCUGGACCGGUCGUCGGUUGCCGGAGGGAAGACGGCGGCCGCCUACCCACCAUUUCUCGAAACUCUCUCUCCGGUCGAGCUCCCGGCAACACCCCUUUCAUACGCCACCUGGGAAGAUCAAGAUAUUUAUCGGGCGGCGACGAUCUCGAGGCCGCCCCCAACUUUCGUUCCUCUGUCUAAUUUCGCUUCCACACGGCCUGGGGACAGCAACGGACGGCCAGGUUUCUUUUGACCUCUAACUACCUCUCUUGCGUCCAGCCUAAAGGAAUGAGGUCUCAGACUUGGGAUUUCGACAUCGAAGAGGGAUCGGAUUGCCUCUUUGGCUAAUUAUGGGGGAAUUGCAUUGUAGCCAGGGUGUCGGAUGGAUCUAAGCUUGGAAUAGAGUUAAGGAGGUGCAACAACCAGCGUUCAUGUUCGAAAGAAAUAUGUAUAAGUUGUUAAGGCAGAAUCUAAUAUAAUACUGCGAUACCUGAGUUCACAUUCCCACCAGCCCAAAUUGCAGCUCGGCCCAUGCCAGUUUUACUUGCAAAAUGUCAUCCAGAUCUUGGCCAUCACCCGAGGACCUCGGCGAUUCACAAAUUUAGAC